GCUGAGCACUGAGAAAUGUCACGUAAGAUAUGCUGCUGAACGAAACCUUUGCACUCGCGUCUGUGACGGUCUAAAUUGAGGAACCUUUGAACACAACAUUUAAGACCUGCUAUGGGUUUAAGCUGCCGCAGCUUUUUGAAGACUCGCAUUAGUCCCCCCUUCACCAGACUGACAGGUUUCCUCUUCGAGUCACUAACUGAUGGGAAGCCACAGCAUCAUGUCCUCCUCUCUGUAUAGUUCCAGGUAUGUCAGCUGGUAUGUGGACAUAGCGGAGUCAAAAACCCCUGCAAUGGCAUCUACAGAAACUGACAGAACAGAAGCAAAUGCAUCAUCUUCCCAUCACCACCAACAGCCAAAAGUCAAUUGCCUCAAAGAUUUUAAAUCUUUCCUUGACUCCAAGUCAGACAGACUCAGUCACAGCAGUGAGGGUUUGGAUGAUGAGUGUAAAAAAGGCAACAUAGUACUGACAGAUACUGACAUCCAGAGCAAAGAGGAACUUUCUCUUUUGGAUCCAGAGGAUAAAAAAUUCCACCUUCCCCGGAGCAGUCCGGUCAUUUCCAGACGGAGCAGACCCAUCUCCUGGCACGGAGGAGUAAAUGAUACAUCUAAUCCCAGCUCGGACCCACCAUCUCCUGUCUUUGGUUCACCGUCUCUGGGUCCCCACGAGUGGUUGACAUCCACCAGUGGGGAGGAUCUGGAAUCCAAACCGAGCUCCUAUCAGUCGUCAUUCGCAGUGGAGAUAGCUAAAAAGCAAAACUCUACCUCUAUCUCAUCAAAUCUGAAGCGGCUUCUGACUCCCAGCCUCCACCUUCCCUACAGUGGACAGCAGGGAUUAGCUGAGGAGCAUAAAAGGCGGACCCAAAGUAGUUGCAUUCCCAACAACACACCAGGAUGCGCUACCUCAAUACAACAAAGCAAAGAAAGAAGUUGCAGCGAUAUCCCAGCAUCCACUGCAGAGAUCUACAAGACCAGUUGUGAACUGGAAAAGGAAAACGCUCAUUUUAUUGUGGUGGACAUGGUGCUGGAGAUGCUCGAAAAUGCAAAAUGGACUCUUAGCUUAGAUCAGUGGCGUUCCACAAUGGACACAAACUGCCUGAUGUACAAGGAAAGACAUAAAAUCUCGGCACAGGAGAGUUCGCCACAGAAGCAGACAUUUAGACUACACAGGCACAAAGUAAAGUACAGCAGAGUUGAUCCUAGACGAGAGAGAUACAAGCGAAGACAUCUUGAUGAAGACAUGAAGAUGUCGCACAGAGAAACACACUCAUGUGUAGAGCAGCAAACACAGGACAAAGAGGAGGAGGAAGCAGGGAAGGAUGAGCCUAAACAUCAAAUGAAAACUCUGUCUGUGCUCUCCACUGACAGCGGAUUUGAAGACUGUGGAGUUGAUCAUACACUAACUCAGAGAGAGUCUCUAAAAAAUGCUGAGCAGCUAGCCCAGCAGCUGGUGUUGGAUUUCAAAAAAAGUUGGCUCCCUUCUAAUGAGCUUCAGCGUGGCCGGCAAAGCCUUCGCAGCUCGCUUCAGGAGCUGCCGGGUACAGAAAAUGUGGCGGUGAGCAGCGGUAGCCUGACAGAAGAGAUCCGACAGCGUACCAGGAUGAGAGGAACCCUGAGCUGGGCACCACCACGUUUCCAGAUCAUCUUUACGGUCCAGCCAACGCACAGACGAAGCGAGGUAGUGGCUUCGCAACACUUCCUGUGUGCAGGUUGUGGGACCGAGGUGGAGCCCAGGUACAUCAAGAAACUGCGGUACUGUGAAUACCUCGGCAGAUAUUUCUGUGACUGCUGUCACAGCGGCUCAGAGGCUGUGAUUCCGGGUCGAGUACUGUCCUGCUGGGAUUUUGGCAGGUACCCUGUGAGUGAUUUCUCCAAACAGCUGCUGGAUUCAGUGUGGCAUCAACCUCUGUUUGACCUGACCUGUGUUGGUAAAAAUCUGUACAGUAAAGUGAAAGAACUGGACAGGUUUAGGGAGGUGCAGGAUCAGCUGCUGGGCAUCAAGAAGCUGCUAAAAGCCUGCAGAUUAUCAGAAAGCGUGCUGGCUGAGCUGGAGCAUCUUCCUGCUCAUCUGAAGGAGCAGCCAAACCUUUUCUCCAUGGAUGACCUACAGAAGGUGAAGAAGGGUCAGCUGCUGCCACAGGCCAAAGCAGUGCUGCAGUCUGCCAUUACUCAUGUGGAAAACUGUGAGCUGUGUCUUGCCCGAGGUUUUAUCUGUGAGUUUUGCAGAGAGAAAGACAUCAUCUUUCCUUUUCAGACUGACAUAUGUAAACGCUGUCCAGAGUGCAAAGCCUGCUUUCACAAAAAGUGUUUUGUGGUGAAAAAGUGUCCAAAAUGUGCACGGAUCCAGUCUCGGAAAGACCGUCGGAAUGUAUCCAUGAAGAGUGACACCUGAAGCAGCAGCAGUUCUGUGUUGCAGUGGUUCAUUUAACACUUUUUAGCUCCAUUUUCUUUUCUUUAACUUCACAUAAAAACACUUUUAAUAUGUCAGUAAGUUCCUGCUCUCUCAUCCUCCUUAUCUCUUACUACUUAAAGCACACUAUUAAACAUGCAUAUUCCUUUACAUGAUUUAAUAUUUCCUAUGGAAAUUUGAUCGGCAUGAGAGUGAUUGUACCUCAAAAAACAAGAUAGAGCACUUAAAUUAUGCAAAACUGUUUUUCCCCAUUUUUGGCAGGUUAUAUGUACUUUUCAGUGUAAUGCUGAUGGACAGCAUAACUGUUCAAUAGCUGCUUGCGAUGUUUCCAUGUGCGAUACUUCAUGUCAGGAUUGUUGCUCAACAGAAAUAAUAUAUUACACAUUACUUACUUAACCUCUCGCUGAAGAAAGCCACUAGUUACACUAACUAUUUAAUCUCUUUUGCGUUACUCCAUAAUAUGGCCUGAGAUGCAUUUUUUCAUGUAGAUUCCAGUCAACAAUACAAACCUGAAGCUACAGUCCCCAAACACUGACAGAAAUCCCUAAAGAGGGCCCAUUAAUUUUCUCUCAUAAUUUAUAUUUGAACACAAAGUCUACAGCAUGCCUGCAGAGAGUCAGUGUCCUUUUAGCAGCAGGAGAUGUUUCAAAUGCAACUGUUUCUGUCCAGGGUGCAGUGUGCACAUUACAAUUGUGAUACUGUCCUUUCAUAUAAUGAAAAUAAAAAUAAUUUCCACAACUCUA